ACUUGUCAUUCGACAGUCGCGAUCGAUGGAGACAACUUCUGCCGAACGGUAGCUCGCUUGACAAAAUGGCUUUCUUUCGGUGCUGUGUUUUACUGUCGGUUUGCGCGUGCGUUUGUGCUAUCGUGGGCCCAAACGGAACUAGGAGUAAAGCUGAUUCUUAUCUAGAAGCUUAUUCGAAAUCUCGCGUCGAAGCUGAAAAGUCCAAGCAGGGUGUUGUUAUAGUAACCGCGAAGGACGGCGAGAAAAAGAUAUCGAAUCGUGAUGACAGUUUCUCUGGAUAUGAUUACACGCCGUCCUAUUCUAGCGGCGACACUUACAGCGGUUCAGGCCCGUCGAGUUUUUCGUCGUCGUCUAACAGUUACUUGCCGCCGACGAGUUUUGGAAACCCUGUUAAAUUCGAGCCAGAAAUUACUUACAACGCUCCGCCAAACAGUUAUGGUCCUCCAGCGGCGCAUUAUGGCCCUCCAACGCCUAGUUAUGGCCCUCCAACUCCUUCCUAUGGAGGACCGCCUUCGCCUUCUUAUGGGCCUCCAAUUCACAAGCCGUUACCGCCCGUUUAUGGGCCUCCGAUCAAUCCGUCGUACGGAGUCCCGUACACAGCGCCCGGCUUCAGCUUUCUAGACAAACUGUCUUUUAAAUUGGAUAUUUUAACAAUAGCGAAGUUAAUGUUGAAAUUCCUGAUCUUUAAGAAAAUAGUGACAAUGAUUGCUGUUGUUUGUAUGCUGUUGGUGAUUCCAAAAUUGAUAUCUUUCAAGAAAGACAAGUUUGGAGACAAUAACGAAGAAGAUAGGCGCCUUGGAGGAACAAACUUAACGCAGUUGACGUCAGCUCAGCAGGUGCUAGAGAGAGCUAUGUUUGUGUACGGAAGCCAGCAACCGACCUGCGGGGUCACGUGUAGAGUGCGCCGCGUGCUCGACGAUAUAUACGAAUUUCAACCGUAUUUUAGGGUGAGCAAUACGGAUGGUGAGAAGAAUGAAUGACCUAUGUCUACAAGUGCCAUAUUAUACUUAUAUCGAUAGAUAGUGUUGUAAAUUAUUUAUUUUAUUUAUUUCGUUUCUAAGUAAAUUGUUAACAUUU